AUGGCGGCCGACAACGGAGCAGCUGGGGUGCAGUUGCUGGAUUCUCGUGGAAUCGGCAAGGUGCCGACAUUCUCAGGCAAGAGGGAGGACUUCGAGGAUUGGAUCUUCCCGUUUGAGUCCUACUGCGGCCUGCUGGGCUGGACGGCGGGCGUGGAGAGAUCCAGAGAAGCUGAGGAGCCGCUGACUGCGGAAGACCUCGGCGAGCAAGGAGUGCUGGUAGGCAGGAGUUUGUACCACCUGCUGGCGAGCACAACGAAGGGCACGGCGCAGAGCAUCGUCAAGCUCUGCCCGCGAGGCGACGGCUUCGAGGCAAUGCGGAGGCUGUACAAGGAGUACAGGCCAAGGCUGAAUGAGGAGCACGGCCAGAUGCUCCAGCACAUCCUGACGCCGACGUGGUGGAAGGAUCGCGAGGGUAAGGAGCGCUUCACAGAGGUGCUGAUCGCUUGGGACGAGUUGAUCUCGAGGUAUGAGCGCGCGACUGGAGAGCAGGUCACGCAGAACAUGAAGACGAGCACGAUCAUGGCCCACGCACCCGAGGAAGUGAAGGUCAUGCUACGCUCGGCGCAGCGCGAGGUGCGCAGCGACAUCACGCAGAUGAGGAACUGCAUCUUCGAGGCGGUGGUCGGCCAGAGCGGAGUGGUCUCGAGGCCGCCGACAGCGAACAAGGGGAGCAACGACAUGGACGUCGACGCGAUCUCCAAGGGCAAGGGCAAGGACGGCAAGGACAAGUGCCAGAUCUGCCGCAAGCCUAGCCACGCGGCCCGCAACUGCUUCUGGCGUGACAAGGGUAAGCAGAAGGGCGACGGAAAAGGUCGAGGAGCAGGCGCGGGGCCCAAGGAAGGAAAGGACGCCAAAGGCAAAGGCAAGGACAGCUACACCUUCACGGGGAAAUGCGACUAUUGCCACAAGACGGGCCACAAGAAGGCAGACUGCAAGAAGCGGAUCGCCGAUGAGAGGGCCAAAGGAAAUGCGGCCAUCGAGCAGGAGAGCACGGACCCGAAGACGGUGGCCAAGAUCGAGUACGCGGAGUACGAGUGCGAGAUCUGCGACGACGACCAGCUCUACUGCAUGGCGAUGGAGGUGGAGGAUCCCGAGACGGAGUGCUGCGGCAUGGAGCUCGAGGGGGCGACCUUCAUCACGCUGGACACGGCGAGCGACUGCCACGCGGGGCCGACUUGCUUCGGAGAAGGAUGCAGGAAGGGCGAGGGUCGCGGACCAAGGCUGCUGGAUGCGCAGCGGAAGGAGAUCAAGAUGGGCUCCAUUGCGACGGUGCCGAUGGCGGUUGCUGACGACGGCGAGCAGCUGAAGCUGCUGAUGGCGGACUUCAGGCUGGGUGACACGGUAUCGAAGCCGAUCCUCUCGUUGCUGGAGGUGAUGGACAAGGGUGCCGAGUUCUGGCUGAGAGCGAAGACGGGCAUGUGCAUGUACCCUGGCGGUGACCUCAGCAAGGGCACCCCGCUCACCAGGAAGAACAACACGCUGGGAUUCAACGCAAAGACCUUCAAGGCAGCUACGGAGGCGAAGGAGUUCGCGGCCAGCGUGAACGCGAAUGAGCAGCAGGAGGAGGCGUUCGUGCCGACACCUGGGGCUGCGGGCAGCGGAGCAGCGACAGCGGUGGAUCAGCUGAGGGCGCAGGAGGGGAGCGACUGGCUCGACAUCCUGUGCUACUGCGUGAAGGGCAGGCUCAGCGACGCGGAGCGGAGGCUCACGGCGCACAGCGCGAAGAUGAAGGAGCUGGAGCGCAGGGCGCCGUGGCGCGAAGCCUGCGCGCGGGGGAACGAGACGACCAAGCCGCACAAGACCCUCACAUUCGAUCAAAAGGACACAGGGAAAGCGCAGAUCGCCCUGGACUUGUGCUACCUGAAGACCAACGGCGACUGGGCGGAGAUCGGAGAUGUGGAGCCGCCAGCAGCGGACAUCUUCGCGACGACUCUCGUGAUGGCAGACAGGGGCACGCUGAUGUUCAACGCAGUUUCGAUGCCCACCAAGGCGGUCACGGACUACGCAAUAGCCAGCGUGAGCAGCUUCAUCGAGGGCAUGCAUCUCACGACGGCGGACCUCAAGACGGACGGCGAGCCCACGAUCGUAAACUUGGUGGAGGAGGUGCGGAAGAGGCUGAACAAGAGCAUCAAUCUGGAGGAGAAGCGUGGGAACCUGAAGGACAGCCAGAGCAUGGGCGCGAUCGAGGCUCCGAUCAGAUGGUUUCAGGCGAAGGUGAGGACGUACAAAUUCGACCUGGAGAAGCGCUAUGGCAUGAAGAUCACAGCGGACGCACCGAUCUGGUGCUGGCUUACACGAUACGUUCGCUGGGCUACCUCUACGCACAGACUACGAGCCGAUGGGAGGACAUCCCAUCAGGCAGCCUACGGAGUGACCUACAACGGAGAGAUUCCCCCCUUUUGCGAGACGGCUCUCUUCAAGACCCCGAUCUCCCACACGAGGCAGAUCACGACCACGUCUCUGAAGCGCAAGGGCGAGUCGAGUUUCGUGAAGGGCAUCUGGGUCGGGAAGCACAAAACACGCGGGCGGCUGGAGCCAGCGUUGCGAGCAGAUGACAAGCUAAUGAAGGCGGUGAAGGCCCUUCCCUGGGACGCGAGGAGCGCUAAGCCGUGCGAGCUACUGCCCAGGAUUCAGAGGCCGAUGCCCACGAUCGUUCUGACGGCGGCGGAGCAGAAGGCGCAGACCGAGGCGCAGGAGGCAGCACGCGAGGCGGCGCCACCCCGGGGGGCGCCCGAGCAGGGGGCGCGGCCGGCUGCAGCAGCGAGCGCGGAGCCAUCGUCGGCACCCGCGGGGCCUGGAGCUGGAGCAGCAGCGGCAGCGAGACCAGAGGAGAAGAGCACGACGGAUGCGGACGCGCCGAUGACACCUCGAGGGCUGAUCAGACCUGCCGAUGCUGAGGACUUCGGUGCACCAUGCAAGCGCGCGAAGCACGUGGACGCCAUCUCGCUCGACGACCCUAUCGACUACAGCAUCCUGGACAUGAUGGGCACAGACUGCUACAUGACGGUCAGCGGACUGGAGCCCGCGGUGGAACUCAAAGGCAAGCGCGAAGCACUAGAGGUGCUGGCGCACUACGGGGUGCACAGGGACGUCCCGAGGAGCGAGAGCGGCGAGUUCAAGAGAAUCAGGGCGCGCUGGGAGCCGCAGAUGCGAGGAGGUAUCUGCAAGUGGCGAUAUGUGGCGCAGGAGUUCAAGUGGAUGGAACAGCGGGACGACGUGUUCGCAGCGAGCUCAUCAGCACAGACGAGCAGGCUGGUGGAUUUCGUCAGCAUCAAGGAGGAGAACCACGGGACCUUCAUCGCAGACUGCGUGAAGGCGUACUACCAGGCGGACCAGACGGAGAAGGUUUGUGUGGAGCCACCUGCUGAGUAUCUGGCGAUCUUGGCGGAGAUGGGCAAGCCGACCGAUAUCGUUUGGGCGCUAGACAAGAUGCUACCUGGGCAGCGCGUGGCAGGCGCUGGCUGGGUAGACAAGGCGGCGAAGACCCUGAAGGGGGAGGGCUUUGACAGGAGUGAGUGUCAGCCGCAGUUUUACUACCACAGGGAGAAGAAGAUCCUGAUCGAGGUGCACAUGGACGACUUCCACGGAGAGGGUCCAAUCGGCAACCUGGACGGGGUCAUCAAACGGUUGAGGGAGGUGUCCGACCUGAAAGCGACGGACGUCAUCAGGCAGGGACGCUACUCACACUUGAAGCGUGACAGGCUGAGGCUCAUGAACGGCAACAUCAUGCUGAGGCCGAACGUGAAGCAUAUUGACGACUUGAUCUACGUGAUGGGCAUGGAGAAGGCCAAGCCAGCCAAUGUGCCAAGCUUGACUGAGGAGGACCCGACAUGGAGCCCUGAAUUGGACGAGAUCGAGAGGGCGAAGUUUCGCACAGGGGUUGGGAUCGUGCUCUACAUCUCGCCCGACAGAGCGGACAUCCAGCGGGGCGUGCAGCUGCUGACCAGGAACCUGAGUCAGCCGACGGAGUUUGACAGGAAGCGACUGGUGAAGCUGGUGAGGUACCUGAAGGGGACAAAGACGUUCGGAGUGCUUUUGGAGAAGCCAACUGGGAGCAAGCCUGGAGAAGUGAAGCUGCAGUUGUUCACAGACACGGACUUUGCGACGUGCAAGGAGACGAGGCGUGCGAUGACCUGUGGGAUCACAAAGCUGGGCGGAGUGCACUUCGCAGCGUUUGCGAGGAGGCAGGGAGUUCAGAGCACAUCCUCAGGCGAGGCGGAGUUCUACGGCGCGACCUCGGUGGUGAUGGACGGCAAGCUAGUGAAGAACAUGCUGGAGUGGUUGGGCUACAAGGUGACCUGGGAGCUCGGGAUCGACAGCAGCGCCGCGAAGGCGAUGAUCAACCGCGAGGGCGUCGGCAAGGUGAAGCACCUGGACGUUCGGGCGCUGUGGAUCCAGCAGGAGCGGAAGGUCCACGGACUGAACAUCAAGAGGGAGAGUGGAAGCAAGAACGUGGCCGACCUAGGGACCAAAGCGCACGCCACGGAGCGGUUCGCGUACCUGCGAGAGCUUGCUGGCAUCAUCGACUGCAGCGAGAUGGACAAGCACACGGAGCUGGAGGCAUGCUCGGUGACAGCGAGCGCCUGGGCUAAGCAAGGGUUAGUGGCGACACUGCUCGCGCAAGGUGCACUGCUCGGGUGUUGGAUCUGCAAGAAGUGGACGACGAUGAGCAGCGCCACGAAGCUAAAUCUGGCCAAGCACACGAACACGCCGAAGCAGAGCAAGGAGCUGAGCAACAAGGUAAGGUUCACGGACAGGCGAGCCACGGGUGAGAACGAGCUUGCGGCCAAUGGCAAGGUGAACGAGGUGAUGUGCCUCGACGAGGCGGCCAGAGUGUAG